AUGGGGGACUCAAAGCUCUGCCUGUUGCUGCUCCUGAGCACAUCUGCCUUGGCUUUUGCCCAAGAUGAAGAUCAGCCGACCUGCCUGCUGGCCCAAAGGUACAAUACCCUACACAAGUAUGAAUACCGAUAUGAAGCUGAAUCUUUGAAUUACAUCAAUGGAGCCUCACAGCUCAAGAACGGACCCAAGGCCUCUUGCACGGUUGAAAUUGAGGUACCUCAGACUUGUAGUUUCAUCGUCCGCACCACUGGCUGUAGCCUGAGUGAGGUGGUCGACAUGGACGCCGAGGGAAACCCCGUGUUCGGUCCUGCAGCCAGCUCUGAUGCCUUUGCUGCUGAGAUGGAGAAGUAUCCUCUGAAGGUUGUGGUUGAGGGCGUGUACGAUGUGAAACUGUACCCGGAGGAUGGUGAGACAACCACCAUUUUGAACAUCAAGAGGGGUAUCAUCUCUGCCCUGGCUGUGCCUCUGCUGGAAGAAGACAAGAACAAAAACAUGCCCACCAUACACGGCAAGUGCAAGACCUAUUACACUGUCAACGCUCGAGAGGACAUUGCAACUGACACCACCCUCAAGAGGGACCUGUCUAGAUGUGACAAGUUUGUCCCAUUGAAAGAUCACACCAGCCCGCUGGCACUUAUCUCUGGCAUGCACUACCCUCUUGCCCAGAUGGUCAGAAGCUCCCAGACCUGCAACUACAAGUUUGACAAUGAGAAGAAACACAUGACCUCUGGGUCCUGCACAGAGAAGCACAUCAUCAUUCCCUACUCUCACAAGGGAGAAUAUGGAACCACCAAUGUUGGAAACCAAGAAUUGACUUUAGUUCAGGUCUCUCCUCAUAAUGACAGAGUCUUUGAACACAGUGACAUUGUCAAGGGUCUUCACAUGGACACUGUUGAGGACAAGAGUGUUAUCCAGGAUAAAGAUGCAGGUCUCAACCUCCUAAGAGAACUGGCCACUCUGCCCGAGAUUGAGGGUGAGAGGAGGGCCCACCUCUUCCACAAGCUUGUCACCAUGGUCCGUGGAAUGACGACUGAGACUCUGAGCGCCACCAUUCCUGAGGCUCUCGCUGUGUGCCGUUUCCUGACCUACCAGAUUCUGGCCCAGUGUGGAACACCUGAGUGUAGCAGCGCCAUCAUGCAGAUCCUCAGGACAUUUGACAGCUCCUCACUCGAGGUAGAUGCCGGUGUUUUUGCGAUGGGACUCGUGUCCAAUCCCUCUGCCCUCCUGAUCAAUGACAUGCUCGAAAUGGCCAAACACAAGACCAGCAAGCCCAUCAUGUAUGCCCUGAGCAAUGUCGUCAAAAGGUUUUACAAAGCUGAGGGAAAGCUUAUCCCCGAGAUUUACUCUGUUGCUGAGGCCAUGGCUGCCCAUUUGGGUGACUGUUCUGGUGAUAAGGAAGACACUUUCUUGACGUUGAGAGUUAUUGGAAACAUGGCUCCAGCUCUGGUAUCUGCUGGUCCGGCACUCAGAUCUGCUGUGAUCCAGUGUGUGAACCAACCUGCUGCUUCUCUAGCUGUGCAGCAGGCUGCCAUCCAAGUGUUCAGGCUGACUCCCGUCCCCGAAGAGGGCAGAGAGGUUCUCAUGCAGGUGUUUUUGGACAGUGCCAGUCCCAUGCAAAAGCGUAUUGCUGCAUAUCUGGUCCUAAUGAAGAACCCCCAGACCACUGAACUGGCCCAGGUGGCUCAUGCCAUACCCAAUGAGCAGGAUCAACAAGUCAAGAGUUUUGUGAUCUCCCACACUACCAACAUUUUGUCCUCAACUGAGCCAGAGACCCAAGAACUGAGAGAGAAGAUUCGAGAUGCCCUGCAGGGUAAUGAGGUCGGGCCCACAAUGGACCCCACCAAGUUUUCUCGCAACUACAAGAUCGGGUCUGUGGAGGGCAACAUGAUCUUUGAGGGUACUAAUUAUCUGCCCAAGGAGGUCAUGCUUGAAAUGACUCUGAAGGCAUUUGGCUAUGACAUCGACAUGAUGGAGAUUGGUAUGGAAGGAAAAGGAUUUGAGCCAACCGUUGAUGCACUGUUUGGAAAGAAUGGCUUCUUCCCCGACACUGCCCUGAAGACAAUGUACUUUGUUUCUGAAAACAUGCCACUCAGACUCAAUAAGAUUCUGCAGAACAUGCUCCCUGCUCUGAAGAAGGACAUGAUGAAGAGACAGGCCUCCCAGAACCUGAUGAGGGAGAUCGGACGCAAUCUCAACAAACUCGUGAGGGAAUUGAAGACGGCACAGUCUCCCGAAGCAAUGGUCUAUCUGAGACUUUUGGGAAAUGAGCUGGGAUAUCUGAGGACCAACGAAAUGGAGGAGAUGGCUUACUCUGCUGCCAUGAUGAUUGACAGUAUGUUCAAGAUGUUCCCAACUGAUAUCAUGAUGGCACUGAUGACCAAGGCUGACAACACAAUCUUUGCCCACUACAUCUUCAUGGACAAUGAAUUAUUCCUGCCGACGGCCACUGGUUUGCCUCUGAGGUUUACAAUGUCUGGUACUUUCGCCCCUGGUAUCAAGGGUGGGCUUCAGGUUGCUCGUGACAUGAGUGAAGUGACCUUCAUGCCCUCCGCCAGUAUUGAGUUUGUAUCUAAAUUUGGGUCCUACAUCCCUGAAUAUGUCAACUCUGGAUUAGAGAUGCACAACAACUUUUUCCAUGAAAGUGGGCUCAAGGCCAAGAUCUCCAUGGAACGUGACAAUGUCAAGCUGACCAUCCCUGCUCCAAUGAGUCCAAUUAAGCUCAUCAAAAUUACAAACACCCUGGUGGCAGUGACUGGAUCAGAGGUGAAGACCAUCCCCCCAAUGGUGAUGGACAAGGUUGAUGUUCAAGAGUGCACUUCUUUCUUCGCUGGAAUGAAAUACUGCACUGCUCUACAGUACAAUGAUGCUUUCUCUCACGACACCGCCCCAUACUUUCCCAUCACUGGAGACAGCAAAUUUGCUGUAGAACUCCACCCCAAUGGGGAAGUCACUGAGUACACAGCCACUGUUGCCUAUGAGCUCCUUAAGGAGGGGGAAGAGGGCCGGCAGAAGGUUGACUCUGUGAAGUUUGUUCUGAGGGCUGAAGGUUCAGAGCCCACCGAAGCCAGAGCAGUCAUGAAAUAUAACAGAAGAAAGAAUGUCAUCACAGCUGACGUCCAAGUCCCUGACUACGAUGUGGAGGCUGGGCUCAGGAUGGGUGUUGUUGAUGGAAACACCAAGGGCAAAGGAACUCACUCUAUCUCUCUUGACUUCAUAAACAAGAACAUCCCUCAGCUCUCUCUGGUUGGCCGUGCCAAUCUGAAGGCCAUGAAGGAGGGUAUGCUGCAAGUACAACUUCUUGUCCCCUCAAUAGAUGCUGAUGCCACCAUCACAGCCAACAUUAAACGUGAUGAGGAAUUAGAAUUGGAGCUUAAGAGUGAAAUCAAGAUCAUGGCUGCAAACUCUGAGCAGAAAAUUGCAAUGAAAUAUGAUGACACCAAAUUUGAGGUUGCGUUUAAGUCUGAUGUGAACACUGACACCACCAGCUUGCCAAAUGUGGUUGAGAUGUAUGGCAACCAACUUCUUGACACGCAUGUGGGGCAGACUGACAUGAAAGUCCGUCACAUCUUCAAAAUGUUUGUGGAGGCAGCAAACAACUACAUGGAAAAGUACGGUGCUGAUAUCCCUUACAUUCAGCGCUUCAGAGUGCCUGAUAUGCCUGAGAUUUCCCUGCCAGAGACACUGUUCCUGAAUACUGAGGCAACGGCUGUCUACCAUUUCAACAAUGAGCACUUCACCAUUAAUAUCCCUCUACUUCUUGGAGGAAAGUCAACACAACAGCUUAACUUCCCACCAGCUUUGACCACACCUAGUGUGUCUCUACCUCACUUUGGACUGGAGAUUGUCUCCAUGGAAAUUCCAAUUCCAGAGCUUGUUGUCCCCGAGAGCUUUACUUUGUCCAUUCCUCUUUUUGGAAAAGCUGAGGUCUCAACUCUGAUGAAGAGCAACCUGUAUGACAUGGAGGCUUCAAUGGCUGCUGGGAAAAAUGUUAUGGAAACACCAAGCUACUCAGCUGAGUUUGAUAUAAAAGGAACCUCACCAAUUGACAUCCUCUCAAUAAAGAUGAAAGGCUCUGGGAUGUUGGCCACCACUGAUUCCAUCAAGGCCCAAUUGAACAGCUCUUUCGAACAUAAAUUCCUUGACGUCCUGAUUAGUAUUGUUGAGGACGUAACCAUCACAGAUAAAAUCAAUUUGAACUCAAGCAGCAAGAUUGAAGCCACAAGCCCAUUGGGUCUUUAUUUUAUACUCCAGCACAAUGGCAUGACUGGAAUCAACACUGAAGACAUUUCUGCAUCAAGCAACUUUGAGGGAACGAUCACGGCUGGACCCAUGUAUGGCAAGACCAUUUCAUCCCAGUCAUUCACCAUCUUCCCAUUCAGGCCAGAAGCAAAUAUUGAUUCUACUAUUCAGUUUGACUCCACAAUUGGUAAGGCCCAGAACAAAAUUGCAGCAACUCUUGUCGAUGGUGAAUUAUCAGUUGUGUCUAACACCAAUGCCUUUGAAGACACCUUGACCCAUGUUGCUGAGCUUUCCUUUAAAGACAGCAAGCUGUCACUGAAAUGUGAUGCAAAUGCCCUUGCUCUUGGUAUGACGAUACGUAACCAGGCUGAAUCCUCUGCUGGUGCUGGUGAAAUCCACAUGAGAAUGGAGACAAAUGCAGACUACUCUGAAAACCGUGUUUAUUCUCUGCUGACUGCCUCUUUUGAUGUCAAUGGUCUGGCUAUGAACAGCGAUGCCACCAUGAAGCUCCUUGAGAAUGAGGCUACUCAUAAGGCUACUCUGAAAAUGAACGAGGAAGGUUUGAUGACAAGCGGAACCACCACCCUCCAGAGUCCCCUGUCCUUAGAAAACACCUUCAACGCUGCUGUUGAUGCUUCAAUGGCUACUCUAUCCAUUACCAACAAGGCUGCAAUGUCUGACAUCAAGGUUGAUAAUGCCAACACUCUGACUAUUACUCCCUCUAGCCUUGACUUCAACUCAAAGGCUGACGCCGCCGCCAGUGAGUAUGUCACUUACACUCAUGAUAUCACCGUUGACAUGAAACCCUACACUGCCGCUGCAAAUGUUAAAAACAGUCUGAAACUUCUGUCAGCCAACUUCAAUAAUGAAGCUCAGUUGCAGGCAGAGCUUUACAAGAUGGAUCUGACUGGAAGCCUGAAAGCCAUCUAUGGUGAGGAAGAGAUCAAGCACACCUAUCAGGUAAAUUAUGCUGAUAUGACGGCAAACGCAAAGUGCAGCACCACUGGAAAACUCUUGGGAACGCACAUGAGUCACAACACCGAGCUUGAAGUUAUUGGUCUUGCUGCCAGAAUUACCAAUGAUGCCCGCUUCAACUCACAGCCAAUGCGCUUCGACCACACCAUUCGUUGCAGCAUUGUUCCUUUCGAUGUCAACCUUGAUGCCAUUUUCAAUGCUGAUGGAGACAUGACCAUGUAUGGAAAGCACAGUGCCCAGCUCUAUGGCAAGUUCCUCCUUAAAGCACAACCCCUGGCUUUUGCUACCUCACAUGAAUGCAGAGCCUCAAUACACCAGAAGCUAGACACCGGUUUUGCUCUUGAGACCACGUUUGAUAACAAGAUGGAUACUGUUAUGUCACUCCAAGAGCAGAAGACCAGUUUUAGAAUGAAGUCUAAAAUGAAUGAGCAUGCCUUUAAUCAGGAUAUGAGUGUUUACAACACUGCUGAGAGAACUGGAAUUGAGGUUUCUGGUACCAUCCUCACAAACAUGCUCAAUGCAGAAUCCACAGAGAACCAGCCAUUCACCAUCUCUUCCUUUCUCAAGUAUGACAAGAACACAGACAGUCAAAUUAUUCAGUUCCCUAUGAUGGAAAAUCUUCCCGCUUUCUUGGAAACCAUAAAGAGUGCUGUUGUGCAUGUUGCAGAGGUAUUGCAAAACUACCUCAACAAUGAGGAGCUAAGGGCUAAACUAGAAGCAUUUCCCCAGUAUGUAAGCGACUUUGUUUCUGACCUGAAUAUCGAAGGCAAGGCUGUUCAGCUGAAGCAGUAUUUCAAUGAUUUUACCCAAGAUUAUGUCAUUUCCAUGGAGGAUGUGGAAGUAUCUUUGAGAAACCUGAAGGUUACUGUUGGAAACCUGUUGGCUAAUCUUACGCUUUAUAUCCAACACCUUGGUGGACUGGUAAAAGAGAUUAUUGUUAGUGGCACCCUGCCCGAAACCCUCAUUCAGAAGAUCCAGGAACAGCUGAAUGCUAUUAAUGAGGAGUAUGACAUCCAGGCAAUGGUUGUUUAUGUGGUUGAUACCGUGAGGGAGUUUAUCGAGGAGAUUCAGUUGGACAAGCUCAGUGGCAGCAGCAUUGAAUUCCUACGUGAUAUUGAUUUCAAGUAUGAUUUCAAGGCCACCCUAGUGAGUAUCCUGCAUGAGAUUAAACACAUGAUUGAGAAAUUUGACAUGCAGAAAUGUGUUGUUGAGCUGAAGAAGGUAAUUUCAUCCAUCAACUUGAACGCUCGUAUUGAGAAGCUAGUGAGUCAAAUGCCCACAGAGAUUUUCAGCGACAUAACAGAUUAUAUUAAGAAAAUGUUUCAGGACCUUGACAUUGUAGGUAAGAUCAACACAUUCUAUGCCAAGAUGAGGGAGUUGAUUGGUAAGUUUGAGGCUGACAAAAAAGUUCAGGCUGUCUUGGAAAAGGCUGUUGAGCUCAUCAAGCAGUUCAGAAUUGAGGAAACUAUCAGGGCCUUGGUAAACAUGGUGAAGGACGCAGACAUCCCUGCCAUAUUCAUGGGAGUCUUUCGGGAUGCUAUUAACUAUUUGAAAACUACAGAGGUUAAGGAUAGUAUUCAACACCUGAAUAUGUGUAUUGAAAUUAUUGCGCAAAAUCUGAGGGAAUUGGAUUAUAAUAAAUUUGUGAAUUAUGCUAAUAAUAUUAUUGCAUAUGAAACAAUUUACGUGAAUGAGCUGAUCAGAAUUUUUGAAAUCCCCCAGAAACUUGAGGCAACAAAAGAUUUUGUCAACCUUGUGUUAUCUUCUGUCAGUGGCUUAAUGGAAAAGCUGAGAGAAAUCAAAGCUGCUGACAUUUUAAAAUCUGUAAAGGACACCAUUGACUGGGUUGUGCUUGACAGCGUUAAGACAUUUGCUGAAUUCAUGAAACAGAAAAUUACAGAUCUGGAUGUCAAAGUGGAGAUUACAUCUUAUCUGGACUUUGUGAGCAAGUGCUACACUGGAGUCAUCACUGUUGUUACUGAUAUCUUCGCUAUUACUGUUGAGAUGAUUAAGCAUGUGGUACCUAAACAAAAAAUCAUCAGCGAGAUUCAGCAGAUCAUUGAAGGCCUUAGUAUUGAACUUAAGAAAGGUGAGUUGAAUACUCCAUCCUUCAUCAUUCCUCUCACUGACCUUGUUGUGCCCUCUGUGAAGUUCAGCAUGGAUGAACUUAAAACGUUUAAAGUCCCAUCACAACUGGACAUCCCUGAGUUCACUAUCCUUGGCUUAUAUACUGUGAAAGCCACCACAAUUGCUUUUGAUGACAUCAUGCAGAGAAUCAUUGAACUUUUUGAUUUCAUUGUCAACUUUGAGAUCAAAAUGCCUGAUGUAGAUGCUUUCUUUGGAGACCUCACAAUGAUUUAUCUUCCUUCCAUGCCAGAGAUGUCCUUCCCAGAAAUCAGCCUUCCUGAUAUCUCAUUCCCUUCAAUCCCACAAUUUCCAGUAGAAAAGCUUGUCAAGUCUCUCCAGGUUCCUGAUAUCACACUGCCAACCAUUCCCAAUCAGAUUAUGGUCCCAUGCUUUGGUAAACUCUAUGGUGAGGUCAAAUUCCAAACACCCAUCUACACCAUCAAGACUUCUGCUGAGUUCCAGAAUUCCACUGAGAGUGAAAUGACACCUCAAUUCACUGGAUUCCUUACUUCCCAGGCCACAUGUCCUAGUUUUGAAAUUCUUAAUUACAAACUUGACUCCACUGCUCGUAUUGCAAUCCCAAAAAUGAGUCGUGUUGUCCUUGCUGAGACUCUAAAGUUCAACCAUCUUGUUCUUGGUGUUGAUCAUCAAGCAUCUUUAACUCUCUAUGGUCAAUCAGCCCAGGCCCAAGGCAAAACUACAAUUAAGGUUAUCACUACACCCUACACUGCUGAGUUCAUGAACACAGCCUUUAUUGCUAUGGAAGAGGGAAUGUCUGCCUCACUUGAUACAACUUACAAACAUGUAGCGGCCCUUCCAAUUCUCAAUGUCAGGAGUCAAGCCAUUGUAACUCAGAAAGCAAUUGUUCGCCAAGAUGGCUACACCCUCACACUAACAGUUGACAAUUCAGGCACUGGCAAAUUCAAUGCUGAGGAUGGCACUCACAAGAGCAACUUGCAAUUGUCACUCACUCCCGGCAUUUCCACGCUAACUUUCUCAGGUGACACAGACUCAACCCUCUUAAAGAUGAAACAGCAAAUUACUGCUGAAUCUGGAACCCUUUCCUACUUCAAAUUUAAUAUCCGCAAUGAGGCAGAGGCACCAAUCAUUAAGAACAGCCUUGUUGUGGCAUCUGGACAUGCCAACCUUUAUGAUAUGAAGGCUGAACUGAAAGCAAACCAUGACACAGAACUGUAUGGUGCAGUCACUGGAGUCCUGACCAAUGGAAUCAACCUUUUAGUCCGUCCUGUUGAAUUUAACUUUGAAUGUCAAAACAAAGGAAAUGCCAAGGUCGACAUUUUUGAAAUUCUGACUGCAAAGAUAGAUCUGCAGAAUGAUUACUCAGCCACCAUAAAACCUAACAGCCAACAUAUUAAUACUGUAAGUCUGGCUCGUCUUAAUCAGUACAAAAUAUUCUACAACUUCACUGUUGACAAUAAUGAAAAUGAGGCUGGCAUCUUUGUUGCAAUGGAAAGCGAGGCCAACCUUGACUUCCUGACAUCACCCAUCAACAUUCCUGAGAUAGACCUGCCUUUUGUUGACUUCAAUACUCCAGCUAUUAGUGAUCUGAACUUGUAUGAGCAGACUGGAUUGAAGAACAUUUUGACUACCACUGAACAGUCUGUUGACAUGGAUGCCAAGAUUGUUUACAAGAAAAGCCAGGCUGCCCCCCUUGUUGAUAUGAUGGGUCUGAUCCAGAUUCCCUCUGUGGGUAACCUGAUCACAGAGCUGUCCUUCAAGUCUGCCAUCAUUAAUCUAAAUGUAAAUUCUGGACUGUAUGCUGAGGAUGACUUUGUGUUCCGUCUGGGAGCUACCACAGCCUCUGUGUUUGAGGGACUAAAAGCCAAACUUGAUGGUACCACCAGUCUGACCACCAAGAGAGGAAUCAAGUUGGCCAAUUCCCUGUCCCUUGAAAAUCCUCACAUUGAAGGCACUCAUGACAGCACCCUCAGCAUGAGUACUGAGACCUUUGAAACUGCUCUAUCUGUGGCUACUGUUGCAACGAUUACCCUGCCUAUACUCAACCUGGAGGCAAACCAAAAUUUGGUUGCAGACACAAAAACCAAAGCAAAUGCUGUCUCCACCUUGAGGAUAAAGGGAGACUUUAACCUCCCUCUGAUCAAUGCUGUUGGAAAGGCCGAGGCAGACCACAGUCUGAAGCUGGAGGGAAGCUUUAAGUAUGUUUCCAUUGAGUCAUCUGCUAAGGCCAACAUGGAUGGUACAAUGCUUGAAGACUAUCUACUUUUGGGAGUCCUGGAUAAUGACAUUAAUCUGUAUCUGAAUAAUGAUGGAAUACGCGUCACCUCCAAGAUUAUUGCUGAUGCAAAGCUUAACCAAGGCACCACCAAAGUUAUUGGCAUGGAUGUAAAUGAGAAUCUUGCUGUAGAAGCCUCCCUUACCCGUGUGUAUGCAGUGCUGAAAUAUACUGGCAACAACGAGGCAAACUUAUUCAAUUUCAACACCAUGGGGAAGCAUAUUGCCCAGGCUACCAUUACUCUUGUCCCAACCUCUUCCUUGACUGCUGAUAUUGAGAUUGAUAUGUCUCAGCCAAGCAGCCUGGGUGACUUCAGCAUCUUUGAGAAAACUGUUGUUGAGGUGACAACAACAAAGCAGAAGAUCUCUGCCAAUGGCACGUUUGUCAGCCCACUGUACACCACAAAACUGGCAGCAGAAGUAGAGGGUGAUGCUCCUGUCUUCAAAGUCACCUUAAAGUCAUCUGCCACCUCUGUCAUUGUGCUCUUUGAAUAUGACAUGGAUGCUUCUACUACUGUAAACGUUGAGAGUGAAGCUCUGAACAUGGUCAGCAAAGUUGCCCUGAUACACGCUGACAUGACCAUCGAUGUCAAUCAUGUCAUUACCCAAGCCUUGAGGAGAAAGCGCCAGGCUGAUGACAGUUACUCUCGCCACACCCUGAAUGUGGACAUCACCAGUCCUACUUUCACUGAUGCAAACCUUCGUUAUGCUGCUCGCAGAGAUGGUAUCACUGCCUCAGUAUCUACCCCAUCAACUGGUUUCCUGGGCCUUCAGUUCAAUGGCAGAGUCCCAUCUCAGAUGACUGCAAGAUUAUAUGGGCGUUAUCCUUCUGCCCCAGAGGUUGAUGUUGACAUGUUGGUCAUCCGAUCAUCUUCUAAAGAUGCUGCUAAGAUGAACCUGCAUAUUGCCUACAACAUGGAGGCACCCAAAGUAAUCCUUGAUCAACUCAAGAUGAGACUACCUUCCAUCCUCUCUAAAUUCACAAUGUUUGCUGACAAGUACCAGAUCACAAGCAACAUAGAAGAGUUGAAGAACUCUGUUGUUAACCGCAUCAACGAGGCCUAUAAUGCUGCAAUCAACUAUGACACUCAAAUGAGCCAGCUGUCAAUCUUCUUCAGGAACAUCAUUGUCCAGUACCAGAAGUCUGUCCAGGUAUUGCUAGAUGCUGUUGUCAAGGUCUUGAGGGAAACCCAGUUUAAACUGCCUGGGUCUGAUGAGAUGACCACUCUCCCUGUGCUGCUGAAAAAGCUGACCAGCAGCAUUGCUGCUUUCCUAGAUAUGAUCCUCCACACUAUCUCUGCCAACAUGGAGGUCUACUACACCUCCUUUGUUGAGCAGAUCAGCAGUGUGAAGUUGCGCAUGCCAGUUGGUGAUGCAAUCACUGGAGCCCAGAUCAUGGAUCAGGUCAAAUCAGCUAUCAAGAACAUCUUUGAUGAACUGGUAGACUUUGUGAAAAAUAUGGAGAGUCUUGACACAAUGCUAGUGAAGAUGGGUGAGACCCUAAAUGCCAUUGUUGAGAAAUCUCAGGGGUUUGUUGACUCUAUCAAGUCUGACUAUUUAGACGCAGUGCUCAUUAACAUCAAUAUUGUCUUCCGUAACCUUGUCACAGGAUUAAAGAAUAUUGUUGACCAGAUCACUUCCCUAAAUAUGGAGCAGCUCAACAAUUCAUUUGAGUACAUUAUGGCCAUGUGCAUUUACUUAGUGGACCAGUUCAAUAACACUGUUUAUGGCUUCCUGCAGCAAGCUUCAGAUGAGACUCAAGCCUACAUGAAAGUUAGUGACGGUAGGCUUGAGAUUGACCUUCCAUUUCCAUUCCUGCAGUGA